AUGGACUACGACAGCGUCAGCUCCCGGCAGCUGUCUGAUGUGUUCCUGACAGAUGGCAGUAGAGUGAGUGCUGCUACAGUCGCCAGUACAGCCAUCGCUGCAGCACAGUGGGCCGUUACCCAGACAGCCCAGUCCCUGUCCUCUGCCUCCCAGCAGGGUGUGGAGGUGGGGUUGUACCACCAGGGGGCAGCAGUAACACUGGGAGUCUAUGGAGUCCAGGAGAACCACAACUACACAGUGGUGACAGAGGGCCCGGCCUACAAGGCCCAGGCAGGGGGAAUGGGUACAUCCCUACCCAGCCCAGGAGCAGGCCUGAUGGGGGCGUACAUAGGAACAGCACCUGCAGCGAUCUGUUCUGAGGCUGUAGUUUCUGGAGUGGAUGGCGUGCAGCUCUCUCUCAGCCAAUCACACGCUCCACUCAUCACUUUGGCAACCACACAGGCCAAUCAGCAUGUAGAGAUAGUGGGUAAGCCUCAACCUGCCACUCCCACCCACCCUGCCACCCCCGGCACCGCACACCAGUACCAACAAUACCCGGUCCCGGACGUGUCCACGUACCAAUACGAGGAGAGUUCUGGCUACUACUACGACCCUCUAACGGGACUCUACUACGACCCUAACUCACAGUACUACUAUAACGGGGUAACUCUGCAGUAUAUGUACUGGGACGGAGAGAAACAAACCUACGUUCCAGCACCUGCCCAAUCAACAGCUGAGGCUGCCGUUGCCCCCGGUGAUAACUCCGCCCCCCCUGAUCCUCCCUCUGCUGCUCCUGGAGGCAAGGAGAAGAAGGACAAGCCCAAAAAUAAGACAGCCCAACAGAUAGCGAAGGAUAUGGAGCGUUGGGCUAAGAGCCUGAACAGACAGAAGGAGAACGUUCGCUCUCUCUCCUCGUCCUCCUCUUCCUGCUCCACCACCCCUGUGACCUCUAUGGCUCCACCCCCUGGUUACGCCCGGGUGCCUGGACACGGUCGCCUUGACGAUCGUCGAGAGUCCGCCAGCGCUGACGCCGGUUAUGCUGUCCUGGAGAAGAAGGGGGCGUUGUCUGAAAGACCUCAGAUCAUCCUGGACCAGCUCAGACACACAGACAGAGAGCGCUCUCCACCUCAGGUGCAGGGUUUGGUUCCGGCCUACAGCGGCGAGACGGACAGCGAGGGAGAGGAGGGAGGAGAGAAGGAUGAGAGGAUGACAGACUGGGCUAAGCUAGCCUGUCUGCUGUGUAGGAGACAGUUCCCCAGCAAGGAGGCUCUCAUACGACACCAACAGCUCUCAGAGCUACACAAGCAAAACCUGGAGCAGCGGAGGUCACAGCAAGAGGGGGGUAUAGGGGAGGAGGAGGGGGAGAGGAAAGACAAAGGAGGGCCGUCCACAGAGCCACCAGACCCCAAGAAGAGGAAGUACAGCCCCCUUGAUGGUACGGCUGGCAGUAGUCUAGGUGCCAGGAUGCUGCAGGGAGGGGUGAAGAAAGGACUGCUGCUACGUAACAUGCAAGUGGACUGACCCCUGACCUUUAAACCCUGACCUCUAACCUCUAACCCUAGACAUUCAACCAUCGCACAGGACUAGGCUCCCUAGGUACAGAUCUAGGAUCAGCUUCCCCUCCCCCAAUCCUAACCUUAACCCUUUACACUCGUACUCGUAUCCGGGUUGAAAAUGGCAGAUUUGGGCACCAAUAAAUACCUAAAUUGGAACUUAAUGCUCAUCACAGUGAUGUAUGAGUUUUGACUGACAGACAUUCUGAACUUGAGCACUUCACACAACGUAAAGCUGCAACCCAUCCCUCCUCGUAACUUUUGCAAAUGUUUUGUUGUCUGAGAGAAGGGAAAAUGCUGUAAAUUAAGAUGCAUUUUGUUGAGGAUU